GGUAGCUGAUAUAAGCCUGGCCCGAGACAUUUUCUUUCAUAGUCUGGCGUGAAUGUUAAGCUUAACACACGACAGUGCAACCAGAGACAAAAUGUUCAAGAGGUCUUCAAUACUACCUAUCAUCGUUGGCGUCUGUCUCUUAGCAACGCAGUGUGAUGCAGGGAAAGUCAUCUCAUGCAAGAAUGUAGCAUGCCAAGAGCCACCGUGUAUGGAUAGUGUACUGAAGAGUGGGGAGUGCUGCAAAUCUUGUCCAAAUGGUCCCAACUGCAGUCUGGAUGGUUUUCCCCUUGCACUGAACAGCAUGGGACUAAGAUCAGACGGUCUGUGGUGUGAAUGUAGCUACACUUCAUCCUUCGCCCAGCCUACGUUGGAUUGUUUGCCCAACCCAGAGCCAAGUUAAGAAAAUAACUAUCGAAUGACGAUUGCAUGUUCACUUUAAAAAGAAUUGGUGAGAUUGAGCUUAAUUAAAGAAAAAAAAAUUGUUUGUUGCAAUA